AUGAAGGAUAUGGGUGUACUCCACUACUGUCUAGGAGUUAGUGUUACUAUAAAGGACGGUGUAUUGCAAAUCAGUCAAGAACAGUACAUCGGUAAGAUUAUGCGAAAGUACAAAUUACAAGAUUGCAAAACGGUGUCAACGCCAAUGGAUUUUAACGUAAAACUAGUUAAGGACGAUGGAUAUAGCAAACCAGUGUAUGUCGUUCAGUACCAGUCAAUGGUAGGGAGUUUGAUAUACGCGGCGAUAGCUACUCGUCCAGACAUAGCCUACGCAGUGGCAGCAUUGGCUAAAUUCAACUCAUCACCGACCGAGGCAAUCUAACAGCGGUCAAGCGCGUUUUUCGGUAUUUGAAAGGAACUGCUCAACUACGCCUGCAGUACCAAGAAACCGAUGCUAAUGUAGAGGGAUACUCUGACGCAGAUUGGGCUUCUGACUCAGAUGAUCGACGAUCAACGUCCGGAAACGUAUUUGUGAUAUCGGGAGGUGCAAUCAGUUGGACAAGCAAGAAACAACCAACGUACAGGUAACAGUGGCUCUUUCAACGUCGGAAUCCGAAUACAUUGCACUACGUUUUGCAACCCAAGAAGCAGUAUGGCUGCGACAACUGAUGAAAGAUCUACAGAUGGAUUGUACCACAGCGACGACCAUAUAUGAAGAUAAUCAAGGUGCUAUCGCGAUGUCAAGGAACCCAGUGCUACACAAGCGGACGAAGCACAUUGAUAUAAAAUAUCAUUUCAUUCGGGAGAAAACUCAAGAUGGGACAAUUGAGCUGAAGUACUGUCCAACCAAUGAAAUGUUAGCGGAUAUUUUGACAAAGCCACUAUCCAAAGGACAAUUUGAGUAUCUGCGAUGUAAGUUGGGACUGAUACAAGGACAUAUUGAGUGA